AAAACAAAGCGAGACUGUGAGAGUGUAUUUUGAUAUUCAUUUCUUACUCAAAUACUGCCUGGCUCUCCCAAUAAAAUAAAAUAAAAAGGUUAAAAAAGCCUUCUUGAUCGGGGGCUCAAGCCCUAGCUUAACUUGUUUCCACCAUUACCUCCUCUCUGUCUCUUACUGUUAUACAGUAUACAGUAAGUCUCUUCAGUAUCAAGCCUUCUUUAAAAAAAAUUCUUGGUUUUUGUUUAAUCUGAAGAUGAAGAAGAGGCAUUCAAGAGUCUGACUGACUGCAUUAACACAGCAACAACUGCAGUAGGAGUAAAGGGUUUUGUUCAGAAAACUGUUCUGUGGGGUGGGGUGUUGAAAUUCGAGUGAACUGUCAAUUUUGAAGAUUUUUGAAGUUGCCCCAGUUCUUGUUUUGCUUGUAUAAAGAUUGUUGAGGAUGUUGACUUGUAUAGCUUGUUCAAAACAACAGCUGCCUGGUGGUGGUACUGGAUCAACAACACUUCAUGAACAAGAGGAUGACGAUACAACCGAAACGCCGAGAACUAAACAAGCUGUUAAAACACUCAGUGCUCAAAUCAAGGACAUUGCGUUGAAGGCGUCGGGGGCGUAUAAAAACUGCAAACCUUGUUCUGGGUCCUCGAAUCAACAUGUGAACUAUGCAGAUUCUGAUAAUGGUUCUGCUUCUGAGAGGCUUCAUGGAACGUAUCGUCGUCCAGGAAGUGGAAGCUCAAGUUCUACACCUAGGCAGUGGGGUAAAGAAAUGGAAGCAAGGUUGAAGGGGCUUUCGAGUGGAGAAGGAACUCCACCUUCGAGGAGUGGGAGGACGGAGUCGAUUGUGUUAAUGGACGAGGAAGAGCCUAAGGAAUGGGUUGCGCAAGUCGAGCCUGGUGUUCUUAUUACCUUUGUUUCUAUGCCUGAGGGAGGGAACGAUCUCAAGAGAAUACGCUUCAGUCGAGAGAUGUUUAAUAAAUGGCAAGCUCAAAGGUGGUGGUCUGAGAACUAUGAUAAAGUAAUGGAGCUAUACAACGUUCAGAAGUUCAACCGAGAGUCAGUACCUCAUGCAACCCCACCAAGGUCUGAAGAUGAGAGCUCAAAGGUUGAAUCAGCUGAAGAUAGUCCAGUGACACCACCGUUAAGCAAAGAACGUCCCCCUAGAAAUUUCCAUCAUUUAGCUAGCGGGAAGGGUCAUUCGCCAUCUGAUUCACUUGAUCACCAACCCAUGCAUUCACGCCAUUACCAAGACUCAGCUCUCAAUUCAACUCCAAAAGUGUCGAAUAUAAGCUGUUCAAAGACUGAAACAUCUUCCAUUGAUGGCUCUGCGAGAACAAGUUCAGAGGCUGAUCGUUCAGGGGAACUUUCUAUGAGCAAUGCAAGUGAUAUGGAGAGUGAGUGGGUUGAACAAGAUGAACCAGGGGUCUACAUUACCAUCAGAGCCUUACCAGGUGGCCUUAGGGAGCUCAGACGCGUAAGGUUCAGCCGAGAAAAGUUCGGUGAGAUGCACGCGAGGCUAUGGUGGGAAGAGAACCGCGCGAGAAUACAUGAGCAAUACUUAUGACAAGUUAACAAGGACUCUCUAAUAGUAACUGUAAUUUGUGAUUCAAGGCACCACAAAUUCGUUUCAAUUUUUUUAUAUUUUUGGGUCGGUAUUGUGUAGAUCAUCAUAUUAAUAAUCGACAAAGACAUUUAACAUGGUUAAUUUUAU